GUCUCUCUCUUUGCAGCUGCAAUCAAACUGCAAGGGAGUAGUAGUGUUAGUAGUAGUAGAACAAAUGGAAAUGUUUGAUAUCAGCGAGAUGUUGGCAGCUUUCCUGGCUUCAACUCCUGUGCUCUCCCAGUCAUGGCGCCUCUGCAUCCUCGCAAAUGCUACAGAAGGCGGAGGAUUCAUGGUUGAUCAAUUUGGAGACGUGGGUUACAUUGCUUUUUCUGGGUUACAAUCGUUUACUGGACUGAACCUGGACGGAAACAGCUUGGUGCAAUUGAAUGAUGCCAGUAGUAGUACUACUGGGUUUUCCUUCUCGUUGCAUGAAAGCGAAGAAGACGAAGAGCCUCCCAUGGUUCAUGCUGGUUUCUUUCAGACCUUCCACUCUCUUUGCACCAACAAUUGCUUCAAAAAUGAGAUAAUAAAAUUAAUGGAGAAAAGCAAGGCAGUGAUAGUUACAGGACACUCAAUUGGAGGAACAAUAGCCUCUCUUGCAACUCUUUGGUUGCUCUUUCAUUUACAAUCUUGCUCCUCUCCUCACUCAGUCCUCUGCAUUACCUUUGGUUCUCCAUUACUAGGUAAUAAGUCCUUCUCGAAAAUGAUCCUCAGAGAAAGAUGGGGAGGAAAGUUUUGCCAUGUUGUUUCCAAACACGACGUUGUCCCGAGGUUAUUCUUUGCUCCCCUCAUCCCUGUAGCUCCACAACUAAAUAAAUUACUGCAAUUCUGGCACUUCUUCAUGAAAUCUCCACAGUUUUGUAGUCUUGAAGCAGGAUUAUCCAAUGAAGAGAAAACUAAAUUUUAUCAAUACAUAAUGGAUCAUACUGAAGCUGCUGCAGCUGAAAAAGAUGGGUCAAAGAGCUGUUCAUAUCGGUCAUUUGGGUGUUACCUGUUCUGCUCUGAAGAAGGAGCAGUUUGCAUCAACAAUGCGAUGGCAGUUACCCAAAUGCUGCAUUUGAUUUUCACAACAGGUUCAGCUGAUUCUUACAUAGAUAAUCACCUCAAUUAUGGAGAUGUUAUAUUGAAAGUCUCUGGACUAUUCUUGAGGAGGAGAAACUUCACACAGGGGGUUCUUCCUGAGUCAUGCUAUGAAGCUGGGAUUUCAUUGGCAAUGGAGGCCUUAGGAAUAGAUUGCCAGGACAUAAUUGCAGGGCCAUUGAUGGAGAGCCUAAAGUUGGCAAAGCAGUCGGGCCGUAGGCUAAACCUAAAAAGCGCCGAGCUUGCAAUUAGUCUAGCCAAGAUAACACCUUAUAGAGCUGAAAUUGAGUGGUACAAAGAAAAAUGCGACAGUUCUGCCGAUCAAAAAGGAUACUAUGACUCCUUCAAGCUCAGGGGUGCAUUUAAGGGAGGCUUUCGGGUCAACAUGAACAGGUUAAAGCUUGCUUUGUUCUGGGAUGAAGUAAUUAGCUUGAUGGAGAGCAAUCAGCUACCCCAUGAUUUUCACAAGAGAGCAAAGUGGGUCAAUGCAUCCCACUUCUAUAAACUCCUUGUUGAACCACUGGAUAUAGCUGAAUAUUAUAGGGAAAAUAUGCACAUAACUAAAGAUCAUUAUCUAACUCAUGGAAGAGAGAGGAGAUAUUUGAUCUUUGAUAAAUGGUGGAGAGAUAGAGAAGAUGUUAAUGAAAAUGAUAACAAAAGGACCAGGUUUGCAAGCUUGACUCAAGAUUCAUGCUUUUGGGCAAAGGUGGAAAUGGCAAAGGAGUGGAUGCAGAAUGCUAAGAAUGAGAAUGACCCAAAUAAGUUAGCUGUACUUUGGGACAACCUGAAUAGUUUUCAAUCCUAUGCUAGGCAACUGGUUGAGAGUAAGGAGGUCUCUAAGGAUGUUCUGGCAAAGAAUUCAAGCUAUAGUUUGUGGUUGGAAGAAUGGAAGGAGUUCCAGGCAUCAGUGCUGUUGCAAAUUCCUAAUAGGUUGUGAAGUGGUUAUUCAUCAUUAGGAGAUAAGAAAAGGAAGCAUUGUAGUUCCAUGUAUUAUACAUGUUAGUGAUGAAUAGGUAGUCUUGUAUUGAAAUACUUUGUUAUCUGUAUUGAAGUACUUUUUUUUUUCUUUA